AUAUAUCUGAAUGAUAAAUAUUGUACCAAACAUUGUGUCACAGCUGAUUGUGAAAGAAAAAUGUAAACAAAAACAUAAAAUUCAUCAUUAAAAAAAAAUUUAUAUCGAAAAAAUAUUUAUUUGUUUAAUUUAAUGUAACAUCAAAUGGCUGGCGAAAAAAAUAUUCUUAGUUUACGAUUUAAUCAAGAUCAAGGAUGUUUCACAUGUUGUAUGGAAUCUGGUCUUAGAGUAUACAAUGUAGAACCAUUAGUGGAAAAAGCUCAUUUGGAAAAUGAUAUAAUGGGAAGUAUAGCUAUUGCAGAAAUGCUUUGGAGAACAAACAUCAUUGCUAUAGUAGGUGGUGGUACAAGACCAAAGUUUGCAGAAAAUACAGUACUUAUUUAUGAUGAUUUAUCUAAAAAAUUUAUAAUGGAAGUUACAUUUACCAGUCCUAUUAAAGCUAUACGAUUACGUAGAGAUAAAAUAAUUUUACAAAACAGAAUGAUAGUAGCACUUCAACGAGAAAUACAUGUUUUCUCAUUUCCUAUGCCUACACGAAGAUUAUUGACUUUAGAAACCAGAGAUAAUCCAAUGGGAUUAAUUGAAGUUGCUACAUUAGCUACUGCACAAAAACAACUUCUUGCUUUCCCUGGCCAUAAACAGGGUAGUGUACAAUUAAUUGAUCUUGGUGCUACAGAAGCAGGAAGUUCUAGUGCUCCUGCAACUCUUGCAGCACAUCAAGGUGCAUUAGCUUGUCUUGCAGUUAAUAGUAGUGGAACAAUGAUAGCAACUGCUUCCACUCAAGGUACAUUAGUUAGAGUAUGGGAUAGCAUACGUAGACACUUGUUAGUGGAAUUGAGAAGAGGUGCUGAUCCUGCAACACUUUAUUGCAUUACAUUUAGUAGAGAUUCGGAAUUCUUAUGUGCUUCUAGUGAUAAAGGAACAGUACACAUAUUUGCAUUAAAAGACACACAAUUAAAUCGCAGAUCCACUUUUUCAAAAAUGGGAUUUUUGGGAAAUUACGUUGAAAGUCAAUGGGCAUUGGCUACAUUCACAGUACCACCAGAAUGUGCUUGCGUAUGUGCAUUUGGUACAAGAAGUUCUGUCAUAGCAAUUUGUAUGGAUGGAACAUUUCAUAAAUAUGUUUUUACUGCCGAUGGAAAUUGUAACCGUGAAGCAUUUGAUGUCUUCCUAGAUGUUUGUGAUCAUGAUGACUUUUAACAUGAACUGUAUAUUACAUUUAGAACAUGUUUUAGAAUAUCUGUAGGAAAGUUUCCAGUCAUUUUAAAUAAGAAACUUCUUGCUGCAAUAUCUGUAUUGUAAAUAAUUAGGAAAAUAAUUAUAAGAAGAGUACAAGUCACUACAUUUAUUGAUUUCUCAAUAACAUAUUGAAUGUUCUUCAGUCUAUUUUAUAUACAUUAACAUUUUAGUAACAUAUGUUUAAGACAUAAUAAAAAUUAAUUUUAUAUCUUUAA